AUGCCAGGGUCAUGGUCGUCAAAUGUCAAUGACCAAUACCAGUGGAUCCAAGUUGACCUCGGUAAACUACAUGAGGUACAUGGGGUAAUUACACAAGGCCGUAACAAAUACAUCACACCAGACGGCUUUAUCUGGGAUCAAUGGGUGACGUCUUAUGAGAUUCUUUACAGUGUCGAUGGUAACCAUUUCCAACCAAUCAAGAAUUCAAAUUGUCAAGUAACGAAGUUUGUUGGAAAUUCGGAUCAUGACACUAUGGUGACAAACAUACUUUCUGAUCCUGUCUACGCUCAGUUCGUCCGUAUUCAUCCAACUGGCUGGUAUUCUGCUAUAAGUUUACGAUUUGAGGUUCUUGGAUGCUCAGCAGACAAAAUGGCUGAACACUCAACUUAUUACAAGUCUUUAAACUUUCAUCGUUCAAUAACGACUCAAAACUCGACAGGAAGCUGCAUUCGAUGUGCUGUGAAGUGUAUGAGGCACCAGAAUGCAAGUAUUUCAAAUGCGAUGGAGGAUGCCACCUUUACACCUGCAGUAACGAAGACAAUGUUGUUGCUUUUCUGUUUGGCUCAUAUAUUCCUUUCAACUAAAAAAAAAGAUUCUUGCCUUGUCCUGAUUG